GCUCCCCCGCGGUGACCACAACAUGGCUGCGGCGCCGGGGCUGCUCUUCUGGCUGCUCCUGCUCGGGCUGGCCUGGCGGGUGCCGGGCCAGCCGCACGCGGGCACGAGCCGGCGCUUCUCGGAGCACAAGCUGUGCGCGGACGACGAGUGCAGCAUGUUAAUGUACCGGGGUGAGGCUCUAGAAGAUUUCACAGGCCCCGAUUGUCGUUUCGUGAGUUUUAAAAAAGGUGACCCCGUAUAUGUCUACUAUAAACUGGCAGGGAGACCGCCUGAAGUUUGGGCUGGAAGUGUUGGACGUAUUUUUGGAUAUUUUCCAAAAGAUUUAAUCCAAGUAGUCCAUGAAUAUACCGAAGAGGAGCUACGGGUUCCCACAGAUGAGACAGAUUUUGUUUGUUUUGAUGGGGGAAGAGAUGAUUUUGACAAUUACAACGUAGAAGAGCUUUUAGGAUUUUUGGAAUUGUACAAUUCUGCACCUGGAGAUUCUGAGAAAGCUACAGAAAAAACUGGGCAUGAGGACACACUUCUUGAAGUACUUGAGGAAAGUGACCUUGAACCUGAAUCUGAACUUGAACCUGAACCAGGAGAACUUGACUCAGAGGAGAGUGAAAGUGUGUUCUCAGAAAGCUCUAAGGAACUCAGGGAAAGAUCUGGGGCUCAGAGGAACCACCCUCACUUAAACAGUCAAGCAGAUCAUACUCAGGGAGACCAGCUUGCAUUUGAACCUUUUGAGGAAAUGCUACAAGAUAAACUGAAAGUGCCGGAAAAUGAAAACAACAAAACCAGCAAUGGGUCUCAGCUCUCGAGUGAACAGGAGAAGAUUGAUGCUUAUAAACUUUUGAAAAAAGAAAUGACUCUGGACUUAAAAACCAAAUUUGGCUCGACUGCCGAUGCCCUUGUCUCUGAUGAUGAGACAACCAGACUUGUUACUUCAUUAGAAGAUGAUUUUGAUGAGGAGCUGGAUACUGAGUAUUACACAGUUGGCAAGGAAGAUGAGGAGGAUGAAGAAAACUUGGACGACCUGCCAUUACUGACCUUCACACACGCUGGGGAAGAUGUGACGGUCCCAAUGAAGUCUGGAGUUCAGAAAUAUCCAACAGAUACAGAGCAGAAUACAAAUGAAAAGGUUAAGGUUGAGGUGACUCAGCCCCCUGGCAUCAAAAACUAUGAUCAAAAUAUACUAACAACCUGGGAGGAUACUGUCUUCUCCUUCACAGAUGGUGACAGACAAACAGGCUUGGACAUAGGGAGUUCUGACCCAGAGGAAGGAAGGGAGGGUGGUGACGCAUUCAUCCCAGAUAGCAAAUGGGGGAAACCACAAUCAGCACCAGAUUACGCCAACCCCCAAAAAGCAGAUGAUGGGCUUUUGACUGUAGAGGCCCCUAAAACAAAUAAUGACAAAGACCUGGAAAUUCACUUUACAGGAAACAGGAGGAAAGUUGAGGAAUCCAAGAAGGGCCUGGCGCAGGCUGAGAUGGGGCUGGAGGGGAAGCAGGAAGGCAUGAAAGCACACGGUCCUACUCAAAGCAGUGACCUUGGCUCUUUGCUAGCUGCUGGAAAGAGUAAAGACAUGUCAGAAUCAGCUUUUGAUAACAAAGAAAAUGACCUAGAAGGAGCAGCUGUUCCUACGUCAAAAGGAAUGCUCCAUGAAGAAAAGCCUGCAGAGCGGAUUUUGGAGGGUGGCUCGGAGCGUGAAGCGGUACCCAAAGCUGCAGCGAGUCAAGUGACUGAGGAAGGGAUGGAGCAAGAAUCCGUGGGCAUUGCACCAAUGCCGGUGGGUAGUCCGCAUAAUGCAUCCAAAGACAACGCGGAAGAAGUGCAUGCUUUAGUAAGUGGACCAAAACCACACACGCUUUCAGUGGAGCCUCCACACGAGGGAUUUCAAGAGGAACAGCGUCUUAAGACUGAUGGUCAGCCGAGGCCUUCCCCUCCAGAUGAAGUUGAUUUGCCAAGAGAACUGGAAGAAGAGGGUCCCACUGUGGGAAGAAAUCUUUCCUGGCCACAAGGAAAAGAGGUGGCCCAUGCACGUGAUAGGCAGAUGGAUGAGAAGUUACAGCUCUCCAAGGAAGUGGUCAAAGAGGACUCCUCAGGGGAAGAAACGGCUCCUUACAAGCCCGCGGCGGGCAUGCAGGAAGUGGAGACAAGAGGCCAGGUGGAUAGCCUGGAAGUGCCAGGUCUCCAUCCCGAGACACCAGAAGCAGAAGCUGAUUACGGCCCUGAACAACUACUGGAGGAUGAAAAUGCUCUAAGUGCAAAACAGUCUAAAGAAAAAAGCCCUGAGAUUCAAGGUGGGCGGUUAGAUGUUCAUCCGCAGGCCCCCGCAGGGGCCAUGUUAGGCACCGUUAGUACUGCUGCAGAAGCAGAAGGAAACAAAGAAGAAACUAGCAAUAUCUUGGAAAUUGAAAGAGAAAGUGAAACUUUGGGCAAAGGGGUGGACACAGGGGGCAGGGAAGCGGGUGGUGGGGUGGUGGAAAAAGAAAGCCCUCUUGUGGGUAAGGAAGCACAGAGACCAUCUGAAGGAAGUGACUCUCCUGACCAAAAAAAUGAGACCCCAGAGUCAGGGGAAGUGUCUGAGAAUCAAGAUUCUGAUCAUUUUCCAGACGGCCCUGAGAAAUACCUGAAGACCUCCGGGCCCGCUGAGCAGCCUGGGGUGGAAGGACUCUCCAAAGAGGACCAGGAGGACUUGGAGAGGGUGGCGGACACAGAGGGCCAGGGGUCUGCAGUUGAGGAGCACGACGGUGACCUGUGGCACUGGACUGAGCACAGGGCUGUGCAGCCGCCGCACGGGGACCGGGUGAAUGACUUGCCUAUCCUCAGCAGCUUCUUUAAAGACAAGCAGUCUCUGCGGCGUUUCCAGAAGUACUUCGACGUCCAUGAGCUGGAAGCCAUGUUCCGCGAAAUGUCAGUAAAGCUGAAGUCCGCGCAGCGGGAGAGCCUGCCCUAUAAUGUGGAAAAAGUCCUGGACAAGGUCUUCCGUGCGUCUGAGUCCCAGAUUCUGAGCAUAGCAGAGAAGAUGCUGGACGCUCGUGUGACCGAAAACAGAGAGCUGGGCACCAAGGAAAAUAACAUAUUUGAAGAGGCGGCGGUCCUUGACGAUGUUCAAGACCUGAUCUAUUUUGUGAGGUACAAACACUCCACCAUGGAGGAGACCACGCCGCUGGCGACGGCUCCACCCACGGAGGAAGGCUGGGCUGGUGCCACGGAAGGAAUAGAGCCACCCCUUGAAGAUAGUUUCCCACAAGAUCACACAGAAGACCUUAGAGCACAGAUUCCUGAAGAGCCCAGCCAGUUGGAUCAACUUGGGACUGGUGACAAGGGUGGCUCAGAAGUGUCACAGAAGCCGACUACUGAGAAGGACAUAGACCCAGGGAUAAUUCCAACAGAAAGCAGUCCUGUUGAUGCUGUUGAUGCAAAAAAGAAACUAGAAACAAAUGCUGAAGAGCCAGCAAGUGUCUCACCUUUGGAAAAUGCAAUUCUUAUAAUAUAUUCAUUCAUAAUUUAUUUAACUAAGACGUUGGUUGCUACAUUGCCUGAUGAUGUUCAGCCUGGGCCUGAUUUUUAUGGAUUGCCAUGGAAGCCUGUACUUAUCACAGCCUUCUUGGGAAUCGUGUCAUUUGCCAUUUUCUUCUGGAGAACUGUCCUUGUUGUAAAGAAUAGAGUAUAUCAAGUCACUGAACAGCAGAUUUCUGAGAAGUUGAAGAAUAUCAUGAAAGAAAAUGCAGAACUUGUACAAAAGUUGUCAAAUUAUGAACAGAAGAUCAAGGAAUCAAAGAAACAUGUUCAGGAAACCAAGAAACAGAAUAUGAUUCUGUCUGAUGAAGCAGUUAAAUUUAAGGAUAAAAUCAAGAAACUUAAAGAAACGAAUGAACUUCUGGAUGAUACAGCAAAAAAUCUGCGUGUUAUGUUAGAAUCUGAGAGAGAACAGAAUGCAAAGAAUCAGGACUUGAUUCUGGAAAACAAGAAGUCUAUAGAGAAGUUAAAGGAUGUUAUUUCAGUGAAUGCCUCCGAAUUUUCAGAGGUUCAGAUUGCUCUUAAUGAAGCUAAACUUAGCGAAGAGAAGGUGAAGUCUGAAUGCCAUCGGGUUCAAGAAGAAAAUGCUAGGCUUAAGAAGAAGAAAGAGCAGUUGCAGCAAGAAAUCAAAGAUUGGAGUAAAUCACAUGCUGAGCUCAGUGAACAAAUUAAAUCAUUUGAGAAGUCUCAGAAAAAUUUGGAAGUAGCUCUUACUCACAAAGAUGAUAAUAUUAACGCUUUGACUAAUUGCAUUACACAGUUGAAUCGCUUAGAUUGUGAAUCUGAAUCUGAGGGUCAGAAUAAAGGAGGAAAUGAGAUGGAUGAAUUAGCAAAUGGAGAAGUGGGAGGUGACCGGAAUGAGAAGAUGAAAAAUCAAAUUAAGCAGAUGAUGGACAUUUCUCGGACGCAAACUGCAAUAUCAGUAGUCGAAGAGGAUCUAAAACUUCUGCAAUUUAAGCUUAGAGCCUCGAUGUCUACUAAAUGCAACCUGGAAGACCAGAUAAAGAAAUUGGAAGAGGAGCGCAGUUCGCUGCAGUCGGCCAAAGCCGGCCUGGAAGGCGAAUGCAAAACCCUGAGGCAGAAGGUGGAGAUUCUGAACGAACUGUAUCAGCAGAAGGAGAUGGCUCUGCAGAAGAAACUGAGUCAAGAAGAGUAUGAGCGGCAAGACCGAGAGCAGCGGCUGUCAGCUGCGGACGAAAAGGCGCUUUUGGCUGCAGAGGAAGUAAAAACGUACAAGCGCAGAAUUCAAGAAAUGGAGGAUGAAUUACAGAAAACCGAGCGCUCGUUUAAAACCCAGAUUGCUACUCACGAGAAGAAAGCUCAUGAUAACUGGCUCAAGGCUCGUGCUGCAGAAAGAGCUAUCGCUGAGGAGAAGAGGGAAGCGGCCAACCUGAGACACAAGUUACUGGAAUUAACCCAGAAGAUGGCAGUGCUGCAGGAAGAGCCCGUGAUUGUGAAGCCACGGCCGGGAAGACCCAGCGCCCAGAACCCUCCAUGGAGAGGUCCUCUGAGCCAGAACGGCUCUUUUGGUCCAUCUCCUGUGAGUGGGGGGGAGUGCUCCCCUCCCCCGACGGCUGACCCGCCUGCCAGACCGCUCUCUGCUACGCUCAAUCGAAGAGACAUGCCUAGAAGUGAAUUCGGAUCAGUGGACGGGCCUCCACCUCGUCCUCGAUGGUCAUCUGAGGCAUCUGGGAAACCGUCUGCCUCUGCAGAUCCAGGACCCGGUGCAGCUCCCAUGGCGAACAGCAGCUCGAGAAGCUCUUCCCCUACUAAGGUGAUGGAUGAAGGCAAGCAAACUGUUGCCCAAGACCCCGAAGGCCCCUCAGCUCCCAGCAUUCCAUCUGUGGCUGAGCAGUCAGUAGUAGUUCCUAUGGCUGCAAAAGGGCCUCCUCCUUUCCCAGGGGUGCCCCUCAUGAGCUCACCCGUGGGAGGCCCUCUACCACCCCCCACUCGAUACGGACCGCCACCCCCGCUCUGCGGGCCUUUCGGGCCUCGGCCGCUGCCCCCACCAUUUGGUCCUGGCUUACGUCCACCACUAGGCUUGAGGGAAUACGCGCCGGGCAUUCCACCUGGGAAGCGGGACCUGCCUCUCGACCCUCGAGAAUUUCUCCCGGGACACACACCUUUUAGACCUUUAGGCUCUCUUGGCCCGAGAGAGUACUUUAUUCCUGGUACUCGACCACCACCGCCAACCCACGGCCCCCAGGAUUAUCCGCCUCCACCUGCUGCAAGAGACUUCCUGCCUUCUGGCUCCAGAGACGAGCCCCCCGCUGCCUCGCAGAGCAGCAGCCCGGACUGUUCACAGGCUUUAAAACAGAGCCCGUAACUCUGACCUCUGACGUUCAGUCUGAGAGAAAGUGGGCUGGGCACAUUGGUUACGGUAAAGGAUUUCAUUGGCUUCAGAAUCCAGAAGUUUAUUUUAAAAGGUAUGUUUUUAGAACCAAGCUGCCCUGGCAGUGUGCAUUUUUGAGCCAAACAAUUGAAAAAUAUCAUUUCCCCCCCUAAAUAAAAACCACCUCAUAAGCUAGAGCCUUCUGACAACCUUGAAAUGUGCAAUAAAGAAUACCUGUGUUCUAGUUAACGUAGCGCGUAACUGCUCCAUGAUUUAGAGUCCUGAGAAAUAUGAACAUUUCCUGUGGAAAUGCUAGAACAUGUAUUUCCAUUUAUUAUCCUGUUUUUAGUGUGCACCAGUUGAAUACAGAGCAAUGGUGUUUAUAAGCUUGGUUUUUUAAAAUAUCUGGUCGCAAAGACUGUUACGCUAAAAAUGUUUACUAAAAGAUCAUUAACUCUCCCUUCUUGCUGAAGUUCUUUGUAGUAAUAGUUCAUAAAAAUUUGGUUAUUAGUA